CACUUACUUGAAGCUCGAACGUUGUAUAUAAAUCCGAAAAUUGAGUUUGUGUCCAUGGACGCGAGUGCAAUUCGAAUUUCAACAGCAUUUGCAGUAGCAAAACACUCCCCCAUUACCAAAAUCCACAACAAACCCUUUUCUCUCUCCUCAUUUUCUCUCUCUAGAAAUCCAAGUACGUACAGCAACAACAACUGCAGCCCGAAGAAUUCUCAGAAGACAGUCAAGGUGGAGAGUGGGAGCACCAGAGACGGCGUCGUAUUCGACGAGUCGGCUUACGAGGCCGAGCGGUUCAGACUCGACGCCAAGGCACGAGAAUCGAUGGCAGAGACUUCGGAGAAAGAGGUCGGCGACGAGGACGACCCGAAAGCGUGGAAAUGGGUGAUCCGAAAGGGGGUUUGGGACUUGAUGGAGGCGCAGAACAUAGCCCAAUUCCCUCGGCCCGUUCACCACCGGAUCCCCAAUUUUCUUGGCGCGUCAAUGGCUGCUGAUAAAUUAAGUGGGUUGGAGGUGUUCCGAAUGGCGAAAUGUGUGAAGGUGAAUCCGGAUUCGCCGCAGAAGCAAGUCAGGUUCCUCACGCUCAAUGAUGGAAAGAAGCUAUUAACUCCUCAGCCCCGUCUAAGGAUGGGGUUUUUCUCUGUUCUUGAAUCAUCUAUGUUAACUCCUAGUACAAUCAAAGAGGCAUGCACCUCUGUAGGGGCCGCCAAAUAUGGAAGGCCAAUUGGAUUGGAUGAAAAGAUCAAGGUAGAUCUAAUUGUCAUCGGUUCAGUUGCUGUUAACCCAAAGACAGGCGCUCGACUUGGCAAGGGAGAGGGGUUUGCAGAACUUGAAUAUGGGAUGCUGCGGUACAUGGGUGCAAUUGAUGACUCCACUCCAGUUGUCACAUCUGGCAAGCUCUAUUUCUUUGACUUUUUUCCCGAUUUUCCACACCUCCUUUUGAAAGUGCACGACCAACAACUGGUAGAUGAUAUUCCAGUCGAGAAGCUGCUUAUCCAUGAUGUGCCAGUUGACAUUAUAUGCACUCCGACUCAAGUUAUUUUUACCAACACAGGCAUCCCAAAACCUCAAGGGAUUUAUUGGGAUAAACUGUCCCCGGAGAAGCUGGGUCAAAUUCGAAUACUCCGAGAGUUGAAGUGGAAGAUUGAGCGCGAAACUGGACAGAAACUUCCUUGUGGACCGUCAGAAAAGCUACCCCCUACAGCAGAACGGAAGCGCUAAUAUCUUUUAUCCUUUCUUUUAUUACGAAGAAAAAUCCUGUGUGUAGUCUUGUAUUUUGGUAAUAGAUGUUUAUCAUAUGUAAAUUUGUCAGGUAAAUUAUUUUGAACGUUUAUACAAUUUCAUACUGUGGUAUGAGCGAUAAUCAACGAGUUCUUACUUCUUGAAAAGGAGUGUUUUUUUUUUUUUUUCUUUCUUUCUUCUGCAAUUUCAUCAUGAAAAGGAUAUUGUAUCUUUAACUUGUCAACUUGGUUUGUGCUGCAA